AUGUCAAGAAAAAAAUCAAUAUUGAAGGACAAACCUUCGAAGAUGACAGUGAGUAGCAGAAAUGAAGUAAUAAGCUACCUGGAGAGCGCCAAAAGCAAAAAAUGGCCAGAAUCAGGGUCCCCUUGGGACGUAAACAGCAGAGCGACCUCGUCUUCUUGGCCGGAAGAUAUUGAAGAAGCUGCUACGAAGAAAGUUUUAAAGCUUUGGGCCGCUGUGGAGAGGACUAUGUACAAAGAAGACGAUGAGGUGAAGCUGGGGGCUGUUAUGGAUGAGUGUGUGCAGUGGCGGUCCCAGAUUCCGCAUUACAGGGUCGUGGGGAAGAACAUUGAGCCUAAUGAUGAAGAUGAGGAGGAAGAAGAAGAAGUUGAGAGUUCGGAGGUUACUGAAAAAGUUGAGGAAUUGAGUCCAGAGGAAGAACGUUUGAUCCAAAUAAAAAGCGAACAAGUAUUAGAUAGACUAUUAGAGUAUAUUAUGAUAGAACUAGAAAAAGAGAUGGAUGAGGAUAAUAUCGCCAACGAAAAUAACAACGACGACAGUAAAUCGGUUGACAAAAAGCCAUUGGAGAAUUUAGACCAAGUAUUGAGAAUAACACCAGCGCCAACGUACAGUGGUAGACGGUUAAAUGUAUCUAAAAGUAGUAAAAGUAAUAGUAGAAAAAGUAGUGCCAAUUUAUUUGAGUCGUUCGAAUUGACUGAACGUACUGACACGGCUUUAAGAGCACUUAGAAAUGCCAAAGACGCUGAUUACGGUAUUGUUGAUUAUGACUAUGAUGUCGACGAUGAGGAUGAGGAAGAGGAUGAUGACGAUGAGGAUCCCGACAGAACGGAUGCCAAGCAUGGUAGAAAUAAACUCGGUACGGUUUUUAACAACAAAAUAGUCGUUAGUCCAGUGCCUUUCGCUGUUACUACGCGCGAAAGUUUUUGCACGUUAAAAACUACUCCUAUUAAGUAUGCUGGACAUCUUUUAGAGCUUUCGACACCACAAGGUUUUAAUAGAAACAUGAACUCAGCGUCGAGAUUAAAUUAUUCGUAUCGUAAAUCAUCGAAUAGAUUGCCUCAAAGACAUUCGGCUUGGCAGUCGUCAGUAAGCCCAGCGUGGCCCAAAAAUUUACGACUUGCUCCUAUUGAUCCCUCACGUUUACCUAGUAGUAAAAAUAGAUCGAUUGAGUCACCAACAAUAAAACAGCGAGGCCGUCGCUCUUUGAGUCCCAUUCUACGUCCAGUGAAGCCGAGUUCGUGUCACUUAACUGGAGAUGAUUUUUUAGAAGUUACUGGUAAACAAAUAACUCAAUCUGCCAAGUUGACAAGACUAAAUAGAGAUAGUUCGAGCCUGAGAAGUUACAAGAAAUCAGCUAAAAAUAUUUGUAGAGUAGAAAGGUAG